AUGGCAACUGUUCGAGAUCGCCACCCGGAACUCUUCGAGCCUAUCAACUAUGAGUCACCUCGGGGAAAGGUGCGAAGUGUGCCGAUGCAGGUUCUUUGUCUGGGGUUCAAUCGGACAGGCACCGCCACCAUGUCGUCGGCUCUAGAGACUUUGGGGAUCCCCUGUUGGCACUCGUUCCACCUACUUACCACUCACUUCGGCGACAACGAGAUGUGGCAGGAUGCAAUCGAUCGCAAAUUCUUUGGCAAGGGUAAGCCUUUUGGCCGCGAGCAGUUCGACCAGUUGCUCCACUCGUUUGGGGCUGUGAGCUCAGACACACCCGCCAUCGCCUUUGCCGACGAUCUGAUUGCUGCGUAUCCCGAGGCCAAGGUUGUCCUCGUGGAGAGAGAUAUUGACAAGUGGUACGAAAGCUAUAUGCAUGCCAUCAUUGGGAACAUGUUUCAUCCCUUUUCAACGCUUGUGUACCAUUUAGAUCGGGCUUACAUCCACCCCAUCGGAAAGGUUCAAAAAAGCGUGGUGGCAGGAUGGGCUGGGAUAAGAUCUAGGCGAGAUGCUGAGCUCAAGGCUCGGGACAAGUAUCGUCAGCACUACGCGAUGGUAAGGGAACUGACACCCCCUGAGAGACUACUUGAGUUCAACCUCGAAGACGGUUGGGAUCCGUUGUGCAAGUUUUUGGGCAAGGAGGCCCCAAAAAGCAAGUUCCCCAGGCUCAAUGAAAAGGGUUGGUUUGAUGAAAAGUCCAGUCUGUUGUUAAGAGAAGGGCUCAGAAAGGGUUUAGUGAAGGUAGUUCCGUGGGCUAUUGCAAUGGCUGGUAUAGUUUUAGCCUGGUUCAAAUACUUUAGAUAG